AUGGGAUCCGGGUCGUCUCGGCCUGGCGAGGCCGAAGGAGGCGCGUACCACGGCCCGGGUGAGGCAGCGAAACAAAUGGAGGCGUUUCUGUUUGCAGUUCACCGACUGGCUUCUUCAAAUCCUUCAGAGGCGAUGGCCGCCGCGCCUGGUGAAGCCCCAGGUGUAGAUGACGUGACGUGCUCGAGCUCUCUAGCUUCCACCAACUUGCUGCGUUGCAAGGGUCCAGUGUUACAAUGGGACAGCCUUCUGCUUUCUCUCGGCGAGAGCGCAGUUCGGCCCUUUUCCCUCUCGACGCCUUUUCUGUGGAAUGAGGUGCUCCGGCCGCUUCUGCUGGGGAACCCAAGGAAUGGACAGGUGAAGGCGCUGUACCUCUUCUUCGCGCGCACGAUCUCCCGCUAUGCAGAGGCUGUCGAAGCACUCCACCGGAGACACAGCUGCUCGCCUUUCCCCUCUCAAGGAGUGGAGCCAAGACGAGAGGACCAUCGCACUCAAGCUGCUAACCAGAUGGCGUCGAGUGAGAGUCCAAACGAGGCGGGCUGCGACCAAGACGCAGUCUCGAGCGUCGGUGAACUUGUUCCUGAUACAGUGCAUUUCCCCUGUACCGACUUAUCUGUCGCUGAGCUCGCGCUUCUUCUGCGGCUGCUUACUAAGGCGCUCUGCACCCAACUCUCUCUACCGCAGCUACUGUACCAUCUCGAGUAUGUCUCCUCGUCUGCGGAUUCAGCGUGUCUGUCUUCCGCCAUGAGAGACGAGUUGUUUGGCCUCUCGCAGGCCUUCUUCGCCUCUUUGGGGUCCAAGCGACAGCGGUCGUCUUCGAUUUCUUUCCAGGCCAUAAACGCCAGUGAGUCUGCGUCUUCAAACGCGUCUCUCUCUUUUUCACGGCUUCCUCCGAACGCGGUAUCUCAAAGCUCUUCUCCCCCAGUCCCUGACGCUGCGUCUGCACCCUCGAGAAGCCGCCCUGCACGACGUGGAGAAGAUAAAGAAGAGUUAAAUGGCCAAAUGGAUUUCCACGAAGCGUCUGGGCUCCGUUGCUCGCCUUCAGAGAUGAAGCAGUCCGACGAGGCCCCCCAGUUUCCUAUCUCGUCCCCGCCUUUGGCUUCUCCCGCGUUUGUCGGCGCGGAUCCCACAACAACUCCAACGACAACAGCGACACUCGACAGUGCCGGGGGCGCGGAGGCGAGCAAACGCGCAAGUUGCGUGGACCGUGAAGCUUCCAUGGAGAAGCAAUGGGCGCCUUCGGCUUCGCUCUCUUCUCCAGCCUUUUGUGCCUUUGUGAUGAGUUACAGGGGCGCGACGAAGCUCUUCUCCGCUUCGCCCCUGAGGCCUCCUGAACAGCUGCAAAACGACGUGAUCGCCUGGCUCUCACUCAUGUUCCCGGAGGAUGCCGUCGCGGCCAAGGCGAGAGGCUUUCUCUUUAGAGCUACUCUGCGUCCAGCAUGUUCGGGGUCUUCGCGUGGUUCUUCUGAAGGAAGAAACGGCUCUGUCGAGGAAUCGCGAGAAGUCUUUCUCUCUGUCAAUGAUUUGGCUUCUGUGCGCACGCUGAGUUCUGUGCUGGUGCCUGUUCGCCUGGGAGACCAGGCGACGGGAACAGCAGGGCCUGAAGAAGGGGACACCGGGAUCCGGAGCGAGAAGGCGGAUGUGAAGCAGGAGACAGGUGGAGACAGCGCGGAGGGAGAAGGCCAGGGAGAGUGUCGCGACAGAAGUGGAGAAGGCGAGGAGGAUGGAGAGCAGGCAAAUGCAGAGGAAGGAACAGGAGACGUGGAAAGGUCUCGGCUCGAAUGUGUAGCUGUUUCCGAUCGCUGUACUACCGGAUCCAACAAGGACCUAGACACGCAGUACGGGUCUUCUACCAUCCUCGUUGCUUUUCUCACUGUCGUGCCUCUUUGGAUUCCUCUCUCGCCAGCACAUAUGUCCGCUUCUUCCAGUUGCUCUUCGUCGAGUUCGUUGUCUUCGGAUUCCUUGUCUGUCUCCACCAUUGGUUCUGUGCUAGACGCCAUUGUGAGGUUCCUCACCAUUGCUCAGCCGCCGUCUCCUUGUUGCUCGCCGAAUCUCCUGCGCGCACACCAGCACCUCCAAGAGUUGCUGCUUUGUCUAUUUGCCGUCGUCUGUCCCCCCCAGCUCACAGCCUCGUGUGUCCCUCGCUCAGGCCUGGCGCCUGUCUCCUCUCGGAGAAAGAGGCCGCUGCAAACCCCACACCCUCGGCCUGCCUGCGUGUCUGGCGAGGGCGAUCACACCGCAGGGGGCUUCGCAGGGGAAGGAGGCGUCCGGAGCCGAGACUGGAGCAACAGGAGGGACGGAGAAACCUUCCAGCCUGUCGUGGAAACAGGUGCAGGCGCCGGUCGUGAGAUGCAGAGAAUGGGGUCCAGACAUGCACUCGUAGAGCGGGAGAACAGCGUGUCUUUUGGGGAGAAGGCGGGAAGAAGACAACCCAAAAACAUGUUGAUUCCUCCCCUUUCGUCGCCCUGCGCGAAGCUCGCGCCUGCACUCUAUGCGUGGCAGCAGGAGGCGCAACAGGAGCGAUUUGCCCGGAUGAGGGAGGAGGACAGCGAGAGGGAGGAACAUGAAGAACGAGUCAUGAGACAGAAUGGAAAAGAAGAGCGAAGAAGAAACAACUUCCCGCCAGUCGCAGCCGCAGCUCUUCUCCCGGACUUGUAUUUUAUUGAGGUCUUGCUGAGUCGGUGGGACCGCGACAAAAGAGGAGAAGAUCGAGCCAAAGAAUUCGCAGCGUACUUGCUGAGCAUGGUCUGGCCUUCGUCUGCGUUCUUGAUGUCGUCUCCGGCGUUCGUUUCAAUUCCUCCAGGUCUUGCUCACUGUUCGCUUUCUCUCGUUCUUCUUCUCGCUUUCUAUCCGCACCCGUCGACGCGCGUGUCUCUGCUGAUGGCUCGAGCGCCACACUCUCGCAUGCAGAAGCCCCAGCGCGAAAAAUUGGGUUUUACACUUUCCUCUUCUGUCUCUUCUACUUCUCCUUCUCCUUCUCCCGCCUCUCUUUCGUGUGUUGCUUCGUCUUCGUCACCACGUUGCUCGGCGUCGGGGACGUACGGGUGGCCAGGGCUUGGCGGCCGACCUUUGCCGUCGACCGGGAAGGCUUUUUCUGGAUCUCCGGCGGCGUCUGACGACGUGAGUCUCGCGCGUCGGACCCCCACAGAGGCGAAUGUUUUCGCAAUUGCGUUUUCGUGUCUCUACGACGCGUCUCACUUUUCAGUGAACAAACCGUCUAGGGCGGACCAAGAGAGAAUGCCAGCAGGCAGCUCUCCGCGUCACGGAGACUCGGUUUCGCCUGACGAUUCGGGGGGAUCUUCUCCGUCUCUACCGCCGUCAUCGUCCGUCAACUUUGAGGGACUUCUUCUCCAACUGUGCGCGCCUUCGUCCCUGAGUCACCCGCUGAAGUCUCUUCUUCUCUACCUCCUGCUGUGCCGCAACCGAUGCUUCCGUCUCUUCUGUCUCUCGCGAAGCGACGGGGAACGCGUUGUCAUCCCACUUCUUCAAAUGCUGAACGCAUUGCCUCGCCUGUCGCCGUCCAAGGCAGGCGACAGUGAGGGCGAUGAGGUACAGCGCCCGCGCGCGGCUGCGCCUCCGAUUGCAGUGAUUUGUGCCAUUUCCCUCGCAACUUUGAGCAAAGACAAGUCGUUCUGUUCAGAGCUCCAGAGAAAAGUAAUCACAGACAUCCCUUGGGAGGAGAAGAAGAAGCUCGCCGACGCCUCACUCGGGAGCCUCGUGAUCCUUGUUCUCCUUCGCCUGCUGUCGUGGAACAUCCGCCGAUGUGGAGACAGCUUCUUUCUUCUUUUGUGCUCCUCUUCCCUGCUCAACGUCGCCGCCUCUGUCGAGCACCUGCACUGGUAUGUUGCCGACCGUCUAGUGGAUUACGCUGCAGCUCUGUUGCGGCUGCUCGCGCGUCGUCUCGCCGGUCUUUCAUCUUGUCAGGAAGAGACACUUGCGGUCUCCGAAGAUCGCGAAGAAAGAGUGGAGACGAACGGAGACAGCGACAGGAUUCCCUCCGCUGCUCUGAGGAGCCAGCACCGGAGAGAGCGACAGCGACGACAGCGGGAAGCUGAACAACUCGAAUUUUCCAUUCUUGCAUGCAGAGCUGUCCUUCAGUUUCUCUCUAUUGCUCUGAGGCCUCCUCUCCUCAACCGGAACCUGUCUCUUCUCUACGCCCUUCUGAGGCUCUUCCCAGUCUGCACAGCGAAAACGCUUCUAGAGAACUUCACUGUCGCUUGCACCGCUGCCGAGAGAAGCAGUUCCAUUGCAGAGGAAGAGAAACAAGUCUCUCUCGCUUCUCCGGUGGCUUCCUCUCUGCCUUUGAACUCGGCUGGCCACGGUGGGGAAGAGCGGAACGGUGUGGGCAGUGAGGAGGACAGAGAGUACGAGAGAGAGGGACGAAGCCAGUGCAAAGGAGAGACGGACGAGAAGGGAGAUCAGUGUGAUGCUUUCAACGCGUCCUUCGAGGUUCCAGCGACUGUGGCGCGAGUGGCGUUCUUGAUCGGAGCCGAGUUGAAACUGCUUCUCGAUCUCGUUGAGGUUUUCUCCUCGUCAAUUGACGACGCGAUUCGCCAGGGGUCUGCAGUCGAGGAAGAUGGGGAAACAAGUCGCCGUGUGGUUGAGCAACUGGCUGCGAAGAUUCCUCCGCCAGGCCACAGUUUCUCGCAUUGCUCUGGCAGACAGCCUCACCCAUGUUUUCUCUCCAGCUCGAGCAGUCGAGAAGACGAGUGCAUACAGGGUGAAGGGGGACGCAAGCGGCAGAUAGACAGACUGAGAGAGAGUUACCUUGCAUGCGCAGCUCCCGGCCGUCCGGACUUCGUUGAAAGUUGGGGGUCUUCUUCUUUCUUUCUGCCAAUCAUUUGGAGAUCCAUCGAUGCCCUCACGCCCGACACGGUCUGCUGGGACAGGCCUGUCUCUGUCGGCCCUCGGACCUGAGGCGCAAGGAGACAUCUGGAGACAGCAAGACAACGAGAGGACGGAACGAGAAGGCAGCGGCAAACGUAUAAAGAGGAGAAAAAACAACAGACGGAUUUCGUAGAAAAGACGAGACGCGAGAAACAAGCAAACUUCUGCGCAGUGGGGAAAGAGAACAAAGAGCAGUGCUCUCGGGAUCUCCAGGUUCCUGUUCUCGUCCUUUCACUUGUCUCAAGCACGAACUUCUUACGUGCGACUCGUAGAUCCAUGUAUAUCUAAAUAUGUGUGCAUGAGUUAUGC